AUGGCUGCGAACCAUGCUACUGUCGGGGCACCUGUUGUUGAGGCGCUGUCUUUGAGACCUCUCUUCAUGUCCAUGUUCUUCAUACUUCUCUGCAUUACCUUUCCCGUCCUGAAUACUAGAUCUAAACUCACGAAAUUUCCGGAUGUCGCCGUCUCUACCUCCAUCUUCGACAUUGGUCGGCAUUACUACCCCUUUUCGAAUUAUCGCCGAUAUAGGCGAGACGGUUAUCAUUCCCCAGAAUUUGUCGUUGGCAUUCGCAACGAAGCCGACCUCGAUUUCAUGGAAUUUGUCAACCAGGUUUGGGCAAUCGCAUCUGUUCGGUAA